GCCGUCCCCACGUGAACAGCUGAGCGGCACCUCUCGUCACUCCAUCGCCGUCUCUCAACUUCUCCGAAGCUCCGUCAGCCGUCCCACGCCUGUCAUGGCCGUAUCGUUCUACGUGCGUCUGGUGCGGCACGGAGAGACGGACGCCAACGUGCGGCGUGUCGUCGAGUCGCACACGCCCACCCCGCUGAACGAGGUGGGACGGCGGCAGGCAGACGCGCUGGGCGCCGCCUGGCGCGCCGAGGGCGUCUCCUUCCACCGCGUGCUGAGCAGCGACACGACGCGCGCCAUGGAGACGUGUCAGCGCGCACUGGCCGCCGCCGGCCGGCCGGCGCCCCAGCCGCAGCCCGAGCCGAUGCUCCGCGAACGGGACGUCGGUCAGAUGGCCGGCCUGACGUACGACGAGGCGCGCCGCCGCUGGGGCGACUCUCAGGAGGCCGACCACUGCCCGGCCGGCUCGGAGCUGCCGGCCGCCGCGCGCCUCCGCGCCGGACGCUUCUUCGACCGACUGGUGGACGAGCUGGCCGCAGAGGGCUGCGACGGCGCCGAGGUGGCCGUCUUCAGCCACGCGGGCCUGCUGCACUUCCUGCUGCAGCAGCUGCAGCAGCAGCACCGGCUGCAGCUGUCGGCGGCGCUGCUACCCGCCGGCGAGCUGCACUUCUGCCACAACACGGGCCAGACGCGGCUGCACGUGCGGCGCGGCUCGGACGGCGAGCUGGCCAUCAGCUGCGAGUUCCUGCACCGGGACGACCACCUGACCGGCGACCUGGCGCCCACCGUCUACCUGAUGCCGUCGCUCGGCAAAAUACCACGUGACAGUGUCGGCGUCGACAAACCCUUCGAGGAGUGCAUGGCGGGCGACGCGUGAUGGCGUCAGUCCUACUGACGGCAGCUGGGGCGCCGGCGCACGCGCUGCCGGGGAGCAGCCUUCCAAGUUCCAAGUAAUCUCAGACAGUAGACACGUGCGGGCUGCCCCGGGCUCUGCAGUAAUUACACGAUAGGCUACAAUAGGUCAUCGAGAGGCGACCUGUCACGGUGUAUCUCAGCUUAUGAUAUUGUGAGCUGCACAGCUUUGAACCCAAAUAGUCACUCAGGUGGGGGUAGUUAUUAUUUUUGGAAUGUACGCGUCUUGUCAUGUUUAUUUUGUGUGCUGUUACAUAUCUAGACGGGUAUGAAUAAAUCGAUAAUUUAACCUUG